GGACCCGGCUCCGGAGACCCACGCGCGUCGGACUCGCCCGCCACCCCCGCAGCCACCAUGUGGAACAUCUUCAAGAAGAACCAGCAGCCGGAGGCAGCUCCGGCGGCCACCACCACGGCCGCCAUGCCCGCCAUGCCUGCUGGGCCCGUGGGCAACUCCACCGAGAGUGGGGGUGCCGAGGGGAGCAAGGAAGACAUGUUUACCAAGCUGAAGGACAAGUUCUUCAACGAGAUGAGCAGGAUCCCCCUGCCGCCCUGGGCGCUGAUAGCCAUCACCGUGGUGGCUGGCCUCCUGCUCCUCACCUGCUGCUUCUGCAUCUGCAAGAAGUGCUGCUGCCGGAAGAAGAAGAACAAGAAGGAGAAGGGCAAGGGCGCCAAGAACGCCAUGAGCAUGAAGGACAUGAAAGGCGGGCAGGACGAUGACGAUGCAGAGACCGGCCUCACUGAGGGGGAAGGGGAGGGCGAGGAGGAGAAGGAGCCCGAGAACCUGGGCAAGCUGCAGUUCUCCCUGGACUACGACUUCCAGGCCAACCAGCUGACCGUCGGCGUGCUGCAGGCCGCAGAGCUGCCCGCCCUGGACAUGGGAGGCACCUCAGACCCUUACGUCAAGGUCUUCCUCCUCCCAGACAAGAAGAAGAAAUACGAGACCAAAGUUCACCGCAAGACGCUGAACCCCGCCUUCAACGAGACCUUCACCUUCAAGGUGCCGUACCAGGAGCUGGGGGGCAAGACCCUGGUGAUGGCCAUCUACGACUUCGACCGCUUCUCCAAGCAUGACAUCAUCGGGGAGGUGAAGGUGCCCAUGAACACGGUGGACCUGGGCCAGCCCAUCGAGGAGUGGAGAGACCUGCAGGGCGGCGAGAAGGAGGAGCCGGAGAAGCUGGGCGACAUCUGCACGUCCCUGCGCUACGUGCCCACGGCCGGCAAGCUCACCGUCUGCAUCCUGGAGGCCAAGAACCUGAAGAAGAUGGACGUGGGCGGCCUCUCGGACCCCUACGUGAAGAUCCACCUGAUGCAGAACGGCAAGAGGCUCAAGAAGAAGAAGACAACGGUGAAGAAGAAGACGCUGAACCCCUACUUCAACGAGUCCUUCAGCUUCGAGAUCCCCUUCGAGCAGAUCCAGAAAGUCCACGUGGUGAUCACGGUGCUGGACUACGACAAGCUGGGCAAGAACGAGGCCAUCGGCAAGAUCUUCGUGGGCAGCAACGCCACGGGCACGGAGCUGCGGCACUGGUCCGACAUGCUGGCCAACCCGCGCCGGCCCAUCGCCCAGUGGCACUCGCUGAAGCCCGAGGAGGAGGUGGACGCUCUCCUGGGCAAGAACAAGUAGGAGCCGCGGCCGCUGCCGAGACCGCACGGCCGGCCGGCUCGGGCCGACGGCCGGAGCCCUCCAUACCUCAGUGACGCCCUCGAGGAUCCUCCGUGUGCCCGGCCGCGUCCUCGUCCCCCUCCCUCUCCGUCCGUUCGAAGACCGGCUCCCCGGGGGCGGCCCCGGAGCGUCCCUCCCCGCCUGGAGCCGCCCGCUGCAUGCCCGUCAUCGCCAUCGCCAUCAUCGCCAUCGCGGUCCCAGCGGGGUCCUCCGUCCCAGCCUCG